AUGGCUGACGCGGAUUACAAUGACGACAUUGCUGCGGAAGACUGCUGGCAAGUCAUCUCCGCCUUCUUCGACCAGAAGGGGCUCGUCUCGCAGCAGCUCGACUCGUUCGAUGAGUUCGUCGGCACCACCAUGGUCGAGAUGAUCGAAGAGGACAGCGUUCUGACGCUCGACCAAAACACGCCCCAGAGCGACGACGGCAUCGUGCUCCGCCGCUACGAGAUCAAUUUCGGGCCGUGCUUCCUGUCGCGGCCGACCAUGACCGAAGGUGAUGGCAGCACGCAGCCCAUGCUGCCGCAGGAGGCGCGGCUGCGCAAUCUGACGUACAGCGCGCCCAUGUACUGCGAGCUGAAGAAGAAGGUUAUGGUGGCGCGGGAGGUGGAGGUCGGGAGCGAUGAGGAGGACGAGGAGGAGGGCGGCACGGCGGUGAAGGAGCGGGUCAGAUAUGAGUGGGAGGUUGAGGAUGAGGAUAUGGAGGCGACAAAGGUUUUUAUUGGAAAGAUGCCGGUAAUGCUGAAGAGUCAUUACUGCAUCUUGAAGGACUUUGCAGAGGAGGAUCUGUAUUCGCUGAACGAGUGCCCCUACGACCAGGGUGGAUACUUCGUUAUUAACGGAUCCGAAAAGGUGUUGAUUGCGCAGGAGCGGUCAGCGGCGAAUAUCGUCCAGGUUUUCAAGAAGGCGCUGCCAUCACCAACGCCGUAUGUGGCCGAGAUUAGGUCCGCGGUGGAGAAGGGUUCCCGGUUGAUCUCCAGUAUGCAGAUCAAGCUUUACUCAAAGGGAGAAGCCCGAGGUGGUUAUAAUGCGACCAUUAAGAGUACACUCCCGUACAUCAAGAGUGACAUCCCCAUUGUCAUUGUGUUCAGAGCCCUCGGGGUUGUGUCCGACGAGGAUAUCCUCAACCACGUCUGCUACGACAGAAAUGACACGCAGAUGCUCGAGAUGAUGAAGCCAUGUAUCGAAGAGGCUUUCGUCAUCCAGGACCGAGAGGUCGCGCUUGACUUUAUCGGAAAGCGUGGUAGCUCCCAGGGUAUUAACAAGGAGAAGCGUAUCCGUUACGCUAGAGAUAUUAUGCAGAAGGAGCUUCUCCCGCAUAUCUCACAGAGCGAGGGGAGUGAGACAAGGAAGGCGUUCUUCUUGGGAUACAUGGUGCACAGGAUGUUGCAAUGUGCCUUGGAGCGAAGAGAGGUCGACGACAGAGAUCACUUUGGGAAGAAGAGACUCGAUCUUGCGGGACCGCUACUUGCUGGUCUGUUCAGGACCCUGUGGAAGAAGCUUACGAAGGAUGUCUACAAGUACUUGGAGAAGUGUGUCGAGACAGGCAAGGACUUCAAUCUCACGCUAGCAGUCAAGAGCAACACAAUCACCAACGGACUCAAAUACUCGCUCGCCACCGGUAACUGGGGUGAGCAAAAGAAGGCCGCCAGCUCAAAGGCCGGUGUGUCGCAGGUGCUUAACAGAUAUACUUUUGCGUCCACACUGUCCCAUUUGCGACGAACCAACACGCCUAUCGGACGUGACGGUAAGAUCGCAAAGCCCCGCCAGCUCCACAACACCCAUUGGGGACUUGUGUGCCCUGCCGAAACGCCCGAGGGUCAGGCAUGUGGUCUCGUCAAGAACUUGUCACUUAUGUCAUAUAUCACUAUCGGAACACCCGGAUACCCGCUCGUGGACUUUUUGUCAUCGAACGAUAUGGAAUUGCUUGAGGAGUAUGAGCCACAGAGAUCACCGAAUGCGACAAAGGUGUUCGUCAAUGGUGUCUGGGUCGGAACGCACCGUGACCCGCUUAUGUUGCACAAGGUUGUCCAGGACGUCAGAAGGCAGGGUGUUGUUAAUCAUGAAGUCUCCAUUAUCAGGGAUAUUCGUGAUAGAGAGUUCAAGAUCUUUACGGAUGCGGGACGUGUGUGUAGGCCGUUGUUCGUCAUUGAUAAUGACCCGCGAAGUGAGAGAAGAGGACAGCUGGUACUCCAGAAGGAGCAUAUCGAGAAGUUGGAAGACGAUCAUGCGCUGCCCAUGGAGGACCGAUUCGGAUGGGAGGGUCUGCUGUUUGGUGGUACCGUCGAGUACCUGGAUGCUGAGGAAGAAGAGACAGUCAUGAUUGUCAUGACUCCCGAGGAUCUAGACAUGAGUAGGCAGAUGCAGCUAGGUUAUGAGGAGCCUAAGGACGAGUUCAGCGCAAAGCGUGUCAAGGCGCCGAUCAACCCCCACACAGCGCACACAUGGACACAUUGUGAGAUUCAUCCCAGUAUGAUCUUGGGCAUCUGCGCCAGUAUCAUUCCCUUCCCCGAUCACAACCAGUCUCCACGUAACACAUAUCAGUCUGCUAUGGGUAAGCAAGCUAUGGGUGUGUUCCUUACCAAUUUUGCAGAGCGUAUGGAUACCAUGGCGAACAUUCUGUACUACCCGCAGAAGCCGCUUGCUACUACACGUUCUAUGGAGUACCUGAAGUUCCGAGAGCUGCCGGCUGGGCAGAACGCCAUUGUCGCUAUCUUGUGUUACUCUGGGUACAACCAGGAAGAUUCCGUCAUUAUGAACCAGUCGUCGAUUGACCGUGGGCUCUUCCGUUCGUUGUUCUACCGUUCGUACAUGGACCAGGAGAAGCGUAUUGGUAUGCAGGUUGUGGAAGAGUUCGAGAAGCCGACCCGUGCCAACACAUUGAAGCUUAAGCACGGAACAUAUGAUAAGCUUGACGAGGACGGUCUUGUGGCUCCGGGAGUACGUGUAUCCGGAGAGGACAUCAUCAUUGGAAAGACGGCACCUAUUGCGCCAGACGUCGACGAGAUGGGUCAGCGACAAAAGUUCCACACAAAGCGUGACGUCUCCACGCCCCUCCGUAGUACCGAAAACGGUAUCGUUGACCAGGUCAUGCUUACCACCAACGCCGAGGGUCUCAAGUUCGUCAAGGUCCGUAUGCGAACUACCAAGAUCCCUCAGAUUGGAGACAAAUUCGCCUCUCGUCACGGGCAGAAGGGUACCGUCGGUAUCACCUACAGACAGGAGGACAUGCCGUUCACCUGCGAGGGUAUCGUGCCGGAUCUUAUCAUCAAUCCCCACGCCAUUCCGUCCCGUAUGACAAUUGCCCAUUUGAUCGAGUGCCAGCUGUCGAAGGUCUCUUCCCUUCGUGGUUUUGAGGGCGACGCUACACCGUUCACCGACGUCACUGUCGAGUCCGUGUCCACACUUCUGCGCCAGAACGGCUACCAGAGCCGUGGUUUCGAGGUCAUGUACAACGGCUACACAGGCCGAAAGUUGGUGUGCCAGGUGUUCUUGGGACCGACCUACUACCAGCGGUUGAGACACAUGGUCGACGACAAGAUCCACGCCAGAGCCAGAGGACCUGUGCAGAUCCUGACGAGGCAGCCCGUGGAGGGUAGGGCCAGAGACGGUGGUCUGCGUUUCGGAGAGAUGGAGAGAGAUUGUAUGAUUGCGCAUGGUGCGAGUGCGUUUUUGAAAGAGAGGUUGUUCGAGGUUAGCGAUGCGUUUAGGGUCCAUAUCUGUGAUCUGUGUGGAUUGAUGACGCCGAUUGCAAACCUCAAAAAGAACCUCUUCGAAUGCAGACCCUGCAAGAACAAGACAAAAAUUUCCCAAAUCCACCUCCCCUAUGCCGCCAAGCUUCUCUUCCAGGAACUGGCAAGUAUGAACAUUGCCGCAAGAAUGUUCAGUCAGAGAAGUGGAGUCAGUGUGAGAAAUUAA